AAAAAAGAAAAAGAAAAGAAAAGAAAAAGUAAGAAAGAAAACAACCAUAUCUAAAUUAAGAGUUUGUAUUUAAAUAAUAGAACGGUAAUAUUGUAAUAAAUUUAGAAAAGAAGAUCAAAUUUUUGUUUAAAUUGUGCUUCGGUUUUGAGAAAAAUUGGAGGACACAUGUCAGCUAUAAAUGUUGGAAAGUGUGUGUUAGCGGAUUAUCAAAUUGAGUGUUACUAGAAGUCACUCACUAGAAGUUCGUAAAUUUAAUAAUCCAGACAUCCAGAUGGUAGAAUAUCCUUAUAUUUAUAUAUAUGAGAACCAUUUCUAAGUGCGUAGGAGAUGGUUGAAGAAGUAGGAUCGUAAAAACAUAAAAAUUCAGAUACAUUUUCGCUUUUUUUCAUUCGCUAGCUGUGCAUAUGAGAAUGAGAUCCUUUUUCAAUCACUUUUGGAGCUGAUAUUUAACUAUAGCUAUACUGAUACUCCUCAGAUCGAAUUAAUCUUUCAUCUAUGAAGCCUCUCUGUUGAUAUAGACAUCACCAGAAAAUGUGGAAAAUUAAGUUUGGAGGGGGAGAAGAGGAUCCAUACUUGUUUAGCACAAACAAUUUCCUUGGAAGGCAGAUAUGGGAGUAUGAUGCAGAUGCAGGAAGCCCAGAAGAGAGAGAUGAGGUUGAAAAGGCUCGUCAACAUUUCUACCAAAACCGAUUCAACCUCAAGGCCUGUAGCGACCUCCUCUGGCGCUUCCAGCUUCUAGGAAAGAAGAACUUCAAACAAAGCAUUCCUCAAGAGAAGGUUGAAGAUGACGAUAAGAAAAUUAGUUAUAAGACUGCUGAUGCAACAAUGAGAAGGGCAAUCAACUUCUGGUCUGCCUUGCAAAGUCCCCAUGGCCAUUGGCCUGCUCUGAAUGCUGGUGUUAUGUUCUUCGUCCCUCUCUUUGUGUUUUGUAUGUAUAUUACCGGGACACUUCAUACCGUAUUCAAUGAACAUCAUCGGAGGGAAAUGCUGUGGUAUCUGUACUGCCAUCAGAAUGAAGAUGGUGGAUGGGGAUUGCACAUUGAAGGGCCAAGUAUGAUGAUGUGUACGGUUCUCAACUAUCUGGCCAUGAGGAUACUUGGAGAAGGACCAGACGGCGGCCUGAACAAUGCUUGUAGCAGAGCAAGAAAGUGGAUUCUUGAUCAUGGUGGCGCCAUGUACUCUGCAUCUUGGGGAAAGACUUGGAUGGCUAUUCUGGGUGCAUAUGAUUGGGAGGGAAGCAAUCCAUUGCCACCAGAGUUUUGGUUCUAUCAAACUCUAGUCCCUUUUCAUCCAUCCAAGAUGAUGUGCUAUACUCGUUUGACUUUCAUGCCCAUGUCGUAUUUGUAUGGUAAAAGGUUUGUUGGGCCCAUCACACCUCUCAUCCAACAACUCAGAGAAGAAAUCUACAACCAACCUUACAAUCAAAUCAAAUGGGCCAAAGUCCGUCAUUGUUGUGCAAAGGAGGACAAUUACUAUCCCCAUGGUAGAUUACAGCGCCUAAUGUGGGAUAGUUUCUACUAUGUGGCUGAACCUCUUCUCAACAGCAGGCUUUUCAAAAGGAUAAGAGAGAGUGCUGUCCAAAAAGUAUUAGACCAUAUUCAUUAUGAAGAUGAGAACAGUCGGUACAUUACUAUUGCAUGCGUAGAAAAGCCAUUGAUGAUGUAUUUGUAG